AGCCGCUUGUUGUCAGUUGCAACAAAAUGGCUGCUGGAGCGGCGCGCUGAGCCGAGCGGAGCGCUGGAGUCGGAUUACACGAAAUUACGGCGAAGUACAUUAAACUGAAUCAGACGGGCGCCCUGUCCACCCGGAGCGUCGGCAUCGGGCUGCGCGCGCGUCUGAGACGCGGUUUCCCUGCUUUUCGGUUUUAUUCCUGCACUUUACACCAGAGACUCGAACACGUCACUGAGAGGAAAGACGCAGAGAAAAGAAAAGCUGCACAGGCGGAGAGCGAAGCGCUUCAGCUCGGCCAGGACGCCCAGCCCGCCCAGCCCGCCCAGCCCGGCUCCUCCGUUGCUCUGCUGUUUGGGGCUUUUUGUUUGUUUUCUGUUUUUUUCUUUUGCUCCUCGGGUCGUGUUUAGCUGUUGUGGGAGGUUUCCGAAGCCCUGCUGCUGCUGGACUGCGCUCUGCCCGCGGGAGCUAUCAAGCCGAGAGACGAAGUGAGAAACACAAGAAGAGAACCAUUUGAUGGAAGAAAAGAAAAAGAAAAAGCAAGAAGAAAAGAAAAAGAAAGAAGCUGCUCAGAAAAAGGCUGCUGAACAGAAAACCAAAGUGCCAGACUCUGCCAAGCCCAGCCCUGCCCCUCUUUCCCCUGCCAACCCCAGCACCACCAACCCAUCUGUGCCCUCAGCCAGCAGCAGCAGCGGAGGUGGUGGUGGAAAUGGAAAGCGCGCCCCCUCCAGCACCCCACAGCAGCAGCAGCCGCAGCCGCAGCCAUCAGCGCUCCGUUACCCUCCCCGCGAGGUGCCCCCACGUUUUCGUCAGCACGAACAAAAGCAGCUGCUGAAGAGAGGUCAACCCCUGCCCGCCGGGAGCACCGCCGUGGUACAGCCAUCCGCGGCCAGCCCUGCAACGCAGCCUUUCUCCAACCAAACACACUCAGAGCUGUCCCCACAGAGUGGCCAGUCAGCGCAGUAUGAGAACCCCCACUGGGGACAUAUUUCCACCAAUCGCAGUGCCACUGUACCCACAACCAGCAGCAACAGCUGGGAUCAACUGAUCAUAGACGAAAGCGAUACCGAGGCGUGGCCUUCUAUUUCUCGCAGCGAAAGCCACGUUCCUGCAGGAUGUCCCUCGGACACUGAGAGUGCCAGUGACAUCAACAGCAGCACAAACAGCAUGAGCAUGGCCACGGGGGCCGGUCAGCAAGGCCACUUUCCCGCUAGUCAUCCCAGUAAAGCCAGUACCAGCCACUCAGGCGGCCUCCUCUCCAGCCAAGGCGGGGCCAACAGAGGCUGGGGCUCAGGCCCUUCUCCUGCCGGAGGAGGGGAUGGAAAGAGUGAUGGCAGCAGUGCAUCAAUGGGAGCCAGGGCCUGGGGCUCCUCCAACUUUAACUUGAACUUGAAUCCCAACGCCAACCCCUCCGCAUGGCCAGUCUUGGGACAUGAAGGGACCGGCAUGGGUGGCAGCUCUGGAGGAUCCAACCCCCCUCCUUCUAGUAAUCUCUGUAGCCCACCAGGUGCGCCGCCCACUGGCACCAGCAGCAGUGGCAAUAUGGGCGGUGCCAAUGGAAGUUCUGCCGGUAAUGGCACCAGUGGCAGCAAUGGCAGCAACAGCGCCUGGGGUGGUAUGGUGCCCGCUGACACCUCAGAGCCACACUCCUCCCCGUCCACGAAUGUGUCUUUUAGCUCCGAACCUCAGAACCUUAACACUGAUGGACCAAAUCACACUAAGCAGGAGCCCGUGAGCCCUGGCCACGCCCUGUCCAACUGGGGUGUCACAACAGUGGGCAUGGGCUCCUUUGUCCAGCCUUCAACCGGAACUUCACAGGUCAAUGGGGAGGAGGGAUCUGUCUGGGGCAACGGAGAUGCGAAGUCUGCCGGUGGCUCCAAGGAUUCAGGUUGGGACUCAGGGAGCGGUUGGGGUCAAGGAGCAGCUUCAGGUACCACUGGCUGGGGACAGCCUUCCUCCGGUGGUGACUGGGGCAAGCAUUCCAGCAGUGAGCCUAAAGGGUGGGAAUCUGCAAGCUCUCCCACUCAAGAGCAGCAGCUCAGUUCUUGGGGCAGUGGAGCCAAUGCUCCGGCUAGCGAGGGAAGCAGCGAUAGCAUGGAUGGACAGUCUCACAGGCGGGACCGGUCAACAAGAGAUGUGGUCCCACCUCUCCUUCCUGCCCAGGACAUGGACCCAAGGGUUCUUUGCAACACAGGCUGGGGCCAGACCCCUGUGCGUCAACAUACGGCUUGGGAGACAGAGGAAGCCGCGCGUUCAAAUCGCAAGAACGACAUUGGCACUGAAGCAUGGGGUACGUCCUCAAGCACACCCAGUGCUGGACCACCGGCAACCCCUGGCAGUGCCAAUGCAACAUCUAACACUGCUUCCAGACCUGACUCCGGGGGCAAGAGUGAAGGCACCCGUUGCACUCCUGAAGCUUCUUCAGGCUGGGGCACAGCCAUGCCGACCCCAACUCAACCUGGUUCUGGAUGGGGAGAUACCCAAAGUACUAAGAAGCCCCCAACUGGACCUGGGGGCUGGGGCAACCCCCAACCUGGAGGCCACAGUGGCAACCUGCAAAAAAGUGGACAGUCCUGGGGCUCUGAAGAGAAGUCUCCCACCUGGGAUGACUCCCAUGCCAAGUCAAAACCUCAGGGCUGGGGUGAGGGGCCGAAGCCUCAAUCCCAUGGAUGGGGCAAUGGAUCCGGAGGAGACAGUGGGUCUGGCGGUGAAUGGGGUGAAUCCGGAGAAGGGAAGAAGAAUGGCCCAUCCAGCUCUUCGUGGGAAGGAGACGGAUCAGGCUGGAAGGAGGGCCAUCGUGGAUGGGGAAAACCCAGCCCAGGAGUUGGGGGAGGCUGGGGAGAUACCCAACGCUCUGCUGCCCCAGCACAAGGAUGGAGUAACAAGCCUCAGGAGGGCAGCAGUGGCAAUAGUGGUGGCAAUAGUGGGAGCAUAGGCUCAUGGGGAGGUCCUGGCUCCGUCAAGCAGAACAGUUCUGGAUGGAGUGGAGGAAAUGGGGGAGGAGUUAAACAUAAUCAUAUUGGAGAGCCAACAGGUUGGGAAGAACCUUCCCCACCUUCCAUCCGACGCAAGAUGGAGAUUGACGACGGUACCUCAGCUUGGGGCGAUCCAAGCAGUUAUAACAAGACGGUCAACCUCUGGGACAGGAACAAUCCUGGAAUGCAGGGUAAAACAGGCCCUGGAAACGCCAACAAUCCUCCCAACAAUCAUCACCACCAUACCCACCAUAAUCAGCAACACAUGCAGGGCCAUGGCCAUGGAGGGCCAAACGGAGCCAACAACCAUAUCUCUCCUGACAAUGCAAGCCCUCAUCAGACUGUGGCCCCUCACAGCAGAGCGCCCAUUAUGACUCCAGGAUGGGGCGAGAUGCCGAAUGUCCAUUCCAAACCUGAGCCCUCAUGGGGAGAGCCAGCGCCCCCUGCAGUGAGUGUGGACAAUGGCACAUCAGCCUGGGGUAAACCGCCUGGAAGCUGCGGUGGUUGGGGUGACGGCAGCCCUGAAAGCUAUAGUCGAGGCAGUGUGCCGCCAGGAUCUGCCCCCUGCAAAUCAGCCCCUAAAUCUAUGCAAGAUGGCUGGGGAGGUGGUGAGGAUGUGGCUCUGUCGGCAGGGCAGUGGGAGCAGGAUGAGAGUGACAUGUGGAACAGCACGGCCUCUCAGGAGAGCAACUCGUCCUGCAGCUCCUGGGGGAACCCGCCCAAGAAGGGCCCACAGAAGGGUAAGGUUCCUAACAAACAGGAUGAUGCCUGGAUUAUGAACCGUCUGAUAAAGCAGCUAACUGACAUGGGCUUCCCUAGAGACCCUGCAGAGGAGGCUCUGAAGAGCAACAACAUGAACCUGGACCAGGCUAUGAGCGCCCUGCUAGAGAAAAAGACUGAACUGGAUAAGCGGGGGAUGGGAAUCUCUGACUACAACAACGGCCUCGUCAACAAACCAAUGGGCUGCAGGCCUUCAGUCAUCUCCAAAGAAUCCUCCUCAGACCGCGCCCCCUUCCUGGAUAAGGAUGGUGGACUAGCGGACGAUGCCCAAACUUCACCAUUUUUGCCUUCUCCCAGCCUGAAGCUCCCGUUGGCCGGUGCUGCCCUCCCCGGCCAGGGCCUCGGGGUCGCCAUGCAAAACUUGAACAACAGACAGAUGCAGAGUGGAAUGUUUGGCAGUAGUGGAACAGCACAAACACGGGCCGUGCAGCAGCAGCCUCCUCCUCAGCCGACAGUGCCACCUCUCAACUCCUCCCAGCCUAGUCUACGCGCUCAAGUGCCUCAGUUUCUCUCCCCUCAGGUUCAAGCACAGCUCUUACAGUUUGCAGCAAAAAACAUUGGUCUCAACCCUGCACUUUUGACCUCACCAAUAAACCCUCAGCAUAUGACCCUGUUGAACCAACUUUACCAGCUGCAACUGGCAUACCAGCGUUUACAAAUUCAGCAGCAGAUGUUGCAGGCGCAACGUAACGUUUCCGGCCCCAUCAGACAACAAGAGCAGCAAGUUGCACGUACAAUCAAUAACAUGCAGCAGCAGAUCCAACAGCACCAGCGGCAGCUGGCCCAGGCUUUGCUGAUGAAGCAGCAGCCUCCCCCUUCCCACCCAAACCUGCACCCCGGAGCAGGAAAAUCUGCCCUGGACUCGUUUCCUGCCCCACAGGCGCCAGGCCUGACCGUCUCUGACCUGCAGACCAAAGAGCCGCAGUCUUCUCCAAACUCAUUCUCCCCCUACGCUCUCUCUGGACUGAACCCUAACAUGAAUGUAAACUGCAUGGAGGUGGGUGGUCUGUCCAUGAAGGAUUCUCCUCAGCCUCAGUCGCGCCUGUCACAGUGGACACACCCCAACUCUAUGGAAAACCUCUCUGGAAACUCCUCCCCCAUGGAGCCCAGUCUUAGCAAGCAUGGUGCCAUCUCUGCAGGGCCUAAUCUCGGCCCUCCAGGUAAGCCCCCUCUGGACGACUCCUACAGCCCGUAUAACCUGAUCUCCAGCUCUGAAUCUCCGGCCAGCCCGCUGGUGCCCCCGGACAGCUGGGGCCAGAGCAAGAGCGCUAACGACAAAAUCUCCAAUGGGACCAACAUCAACUGGCCGCCAGAGUUCUGCCCAGGAGUGCCCUGGAAAGGACUGCAGAACAUUGACCCUGAGACUGACCCCAACGUCACCCCAGGAAGUGUUCCCAGCGGCCCUACCAUCAACACCAACAUUCAGGAUGUGAAUCGCUACCUGCUCAGAGACCGGAGUGGAGGCUCCUCCCCAACUUCCUCUCAAAGCGAGGCUGUGCCUCCUGCCAGCGAUUGGCCAGUCAGUGGUUACACUAGCUCUUUUAGUCUGUCUUCACCUGAGACAGACGAUACAGGUAAACUCUCAGAUAUGAAGUCCACCUGGUCCCCAGGUCCCAUCUCCCACACCCAGGCCUCCCUGUCCCACGAGCUCUGGAAGGUUCCUCAGGGUCCGCGGAACACCACGGCCCCCACACGGCCCCCGCCAGGUCUCACCAACACCAAGCCCUCCUCCACCUGGGGAGGAAAUAGCCUGGGCCUGGUGCCCGGCUGGAGCAGCUCAUACUCCUCAGGUACCACAUGGAGUACGGACAGCUCCACAAGGACCAGUAGCUGGCUGGUACUGCGGAACCUCACACCCCAGAUUGAUGGUUCUACACUGCGGACGCUGUGUAUGCAGCACGGUCCCCUCAUUACAUUCCACCUCAACCUGACGCAGGGAAAUGCUGUGGUGCGCUACAGCUCCAAGGACGAGGCUGCCAAAGCCCAGAAAUCCCUGCACAUGUGCGUGCUGGGGAACACCACUAUCCUUGCGGAAUUUGCUGGAGAGGAGGAGGUGAACCGUUUCUUUGCACAGGGUCAGUCCCUCACGCCCACCACCAGCUGGCAGGCCAACCCGGGCACCAAUCAGACGCGGCUGGGGGGUGGAGCGGCUGCCACUUCGCACCCCAUUGGCCACUGGAACAGUAGCAGUCUUGGAGGAGGAGGAGCAGGGGGUGCUGGGGGAGGAGCCGGGGCCAAGGCAGGCAGCGAGCUGCUGUGGGGCGGAGUCCAACAGUACUCCAGCCUGUGGGGGCCGCCCAACUCGGAGGAUGGUCGAGUGGUGGGCAGCCCGACACCAAUCAACACGCUGCUUCCUGGAGACCUGCUGAGUGGAGAGUCCAUGUAGAGACAGGCCAAUCCUCGAGGAGGAGAGACACAGUUUAUUGAAAAUUAAAAAACAGGAAAUUUAAAGAAAGACUUGAAGAAAACAAACAAACAAAAAAAGAUCCACACAGGAGCAAAAACCAAGCAAAUCAAAUCGUGGCGAUAAUCAGCAUCAGUGGAACUGUGAACCAAGAGACAGGAGGUUGAGGCAACACUUAAAAAGAGUAAAAGGCUGCUGACCUUCUUCCUCUUCUCCAUAUUCUGCAUCAUUUCAUUUGUGUUAUUUUUUCUGUAUGGUUACAGUAUUCUGUGUAAGACUUUUGGAGAAGAGAGAAGUAUCCAGUUGCUAUAAACAAAAGGAAAGAGAACCUUUACUAGACUUUCUCUGAUAAACUGAAAGUGUAUUUUACUACAAAAUGAGACAAGCUGCCAUUUUUAAGAGUCCCCUGGCACUAGCCCUGCACCCGAGCAAACAGCGUACAAGCCCCUCCCCCAAAGAAACGCAUCAUUCCGAUUGGCCCUUCUCCCUUUAGAUUGGAUCCAUUGCUUUUUAUUCGUCUGUGUGAAUAGCACUAAACUUUUAGCCUUAACUGCUUACCAGCCCCCUCUACCACAGUCGCUCUGGGCUUACUCUGGGGAUUGCACUUUUUUUUUGUACUUAUUUUUGAGCCAGCGGAGAGGAAAGUUACACGUUUGACCUCACACACGCACUCGCCCUCUCCUCCAGGCCCGUCCGUCCGCGUUGUUAUCAAAGGAUCGGACCCGCGGCCGGUGCUUCAGAACAGGCUGAGGGAACAGUUGCCCGGCAUAUGUGUGCCAUAUUAUUAACCACUGUCUUCAGAACACUUCGACAUGCACCGCGCAGAACCAGAUGGUUACAUUUCCUUUACUCCUCUAUCAGCUCCAUGAAUGACCUCAAACUUUGGAACCUGGGGGGGGAAAAAAGGAGGAGAAGCCCUAGUUCAUGAUUGUCUGACGUGCAAUAUGCCACAGACUCUUCCGUCCAUCUUUACGCAAUGCUUAUUAAUGCUGGUGAAGUUUUAUUUUUUAAGUGUGGGUGGGGUGGGGACAAAAAACAAAAAAAAAACUUUUCUCCUCCCACAUCGCAAGGGCGGGACUUAAAAAAGGAGGAGGAGCAUUUUUGUGUUGUGUGUGUGAGCCCUUAGUGAAAUCGUCACUAGCACUUCCUCAAAACACACACAUGCGCAAACAGAGUGACUACAGGGGGACACGGGCUUCAAACCAAAUAAUAGGUGUUUAUCGUAACCCAGUAGACAAGGUGCAUUUUAUGUUGUAUUUGGUACAAAAGAGUAGAACAAAGAGACUGAUUUAAAGAACGAAAGAAAGUGUGGUUUAUCAUAGCACUUAGCAAGAGCGUCAGGCUUUGACCUCCUUCAAUGCCAACAAAAUUACACAUGGAGAGACGAAACUGAAAAAGAAGCAAUUAAAAAAAGCAAUCUACGGCUUCUCCAUGCUGUUUUUUUUUUUAACUCUAAAUGGUUUUCUUUUUUUUUUUAUUAUUAUUUUAUUUGUCCCUCCAUAGUCUACAGACUUGGAUGGAUCUUUAUAAAUGGUAGCAAAUGAAGGGUAGUUUGAAGAAGAAGAAGAAAAAACAAAACAAAAAAAAAAAUGCAAGACUGAUACUAAAGCAUUCAUUUUGAGAUAUUAUAUAUCAAAGUAAAUAUCACUGUUACAGUAACUCCAAAAUGUUUAGCCUUUUGUCUGGAGACGCUAGACGUGUCGUCUCAUCAAUGUUGUGACGGAUCCUGCGGGGCCUGAAACCCCCCGCCUUCCUGGAUGAAAAAUGGCCACUGAGUGCCUAUCUGCUGUGCGCUAGAGCUUAUAGCGCAGCUACUUCAUUAAAAUAAAAAAAAAAAAAGAAGAAAGAAAAACUGAACUGAACUGAACUGAACUGGCCCUUCAGUACUACUGCGCCAGCACCCGACCUCCAACUCCACUCUCUAAAAACUUUCUUCUCAUGCAAAGAUCACUUUAGCUGGAAGUGGUGGACAAGACCUUAUUAUUAUUUUCAGUCAUUGGUUGUUUUUAUUUUACUGGAAUUGCCAGUGUUGUUAUUUUUGUCAACAUUGCUGUUGCUGUUGUUAUUGUUGAUGAUGAUAUUUUGCGCUUUUUUUUGUGUGUGUAUAUGUGUGUCCAUGCAGUGGUCUUUAAUGGUAGCUGCUCUCACCAGCCCCUUUCACUGCACAUAUGCAGGAACACUCGUAAGAGUGAGAGUAAGAGACGCUUACAUUUUGCAACCGUUCACGGUCAGCUGGUCAUGCUGAUCUCGAACGAUCUAGAGUCCGAUCUAGAAUGAAGUUUUAUGAUGGUUUGGAUUUUUUUUUUUUUUUUGUAAUGGUUCUCUUAUAAAUGGACUGAGAUUUAGGGGCAAACCCUACUGGAACGAGGAACUGGGUGGAGAUCUCAGCCUGCCUUCUUCUUCUUUUUCUCCUCAUCCUCCAUUUCUCCCUCUUCACUUCGACCUCCCCUCUGUUCUUCACGUUCUCGCGCUGUCCUGCAAGGCUACGCUCUCCCUGGUGCUGAAGACGAAGCGCGACUAAGUUCCACGCCGCCUCUCAUCGUAACAGUAAUAAAAGCAAACGAUAAACGGAGACGCCGCUCUCUUCUUCUAUGCAAAGACUGACCGAGAGGCGCAUGGUCACAGCUAUCGAAAUACGAAUCCCACCGCUCUCUUCUCGUACUCUUAGAUGUCCGCUUUCCCUCUCUGAGCAGGCAGCUUCCUGUUUACGUGAGUCCAUUAAUCAUCAGGCCCUUAUCGUUUACGCUCUUACACUGUCUGUACACGCAGUCUCAGGGCAGGCUCACAGAAACCCAACCUUAGUUCAUCUUCAGGAGGAUGCCAGGUGUCUCAUCGCUUUAAUCUCAUGGUCGCCUCCGCCACAUAAUCAGGUGUCCGUGGAACCUUGGAUCCGAAUAUUUGUUGUACAUUUGGAGAUGGAGAGGUAGAACGCAGGCUGAAAUCGAGAAACCGAGAAGGACAGGUAGCACCUUGUCGCAGGUAACAAAAGACCUGGACGGACUGCUGAGAACUAAAAACAGGGAUUAUUCCAGAAUGCUUUGGUGCACUGUAGAUGGUUCACAUCGGGUACAUCAUCUUUUAAACCAAAAAGGAAAAAAAAUUUUUUUUUUUUUCUUUUUUUAAAUCUAUUACUUUUCAUAUGAACCUGUAAUACACUCUUCAAUCUUUGGCUGAAGUGCUUCUCUCUGCAAGCCUUUUUUUUUAACGCCCCAAAGCAGCAGUCGGCAGGACGAAUGCUGAACUGAUGGUAUUCAAUUCUGGCUCCAGGUGGGGCCCCUCUGCUUCAGGAGGAUGAGGUAUGACAUGCUGCAUGUCAGUUGGUACCAAGUCUUACAAUCGGCAAAAAAAGCCCCGAAGACUUCUGAAGCUUUGUGUUUUUCGUCAGACUCCAGUGACACUAGUAACAAUCACUAUUGCCUGUUUGUUUCUUUUUGGGUUUUCUAUUUUCUUCCAACUGCCUUGCUUUAAAGCUGUACUCGAAGCCACCAGACUGUCAAAGGAACAUCCUACUGUGGGGUCAACUGACGAAUCCCCAUGAACACCAAGCUGCUGCAUGAUCCAGAAAGCCUCUCCGUCUGUUCGCAGCUCGCCAACUAGCAUCCAGCCACCACUACGGACAAACUGGAUUGUUCUAAAGCACCCAACUCGCCAACCUGAGCGUAGAAUACGAGCGAUCAAUCACAGGACUUGUUUUGGGGGGUGUGCCGGGGGGGGUGGGGGAUCCAAUCUUUUCUCCGAGGUCCUGGGUAGAAUAUGCACAUGCUGGUUGAUAUACAUGCACAUUUGUAAGCCUAUGUAUGUAUAUAACUGGUUUUAUCUCUACACUUAAUUUCCCUUAACGUACGCUCCCAGGCCUAAAUCAACCUCCCCCCCUUACGUCUUUCUGUACGUACCCAGAUACAAAAAAAGUAUAAACAUAUCAAUUAGACAAAAUGAAAGAAAUACAAAUACUUGAAUCAAAAGAAGCGCCAAUAAUGUAAUGUGAAACUUUUUGUAAUCUUUUUUGUCAUUCAUACACUUCCAAGCUUUUUUGAUAACGGUUCAAAACGAACUUAAAAAAAAAAGGAAAAAAAAAACGCAAGAUGACAUCUAUUGUAUGUGGGUGUUUGCACAAGACUGUGUGUACUGUAUGAAGAGUGAAUGUGCUCAAAGGUUCAAACGUGUGUGUGGUUACAGCGGGUUUGAUCCCAACUUUUGGUUAAAUUCAGUCUUUUUUUUUUUUUUUCUUCCAUUUAUUUUUAGUUUUUCCGCUAGUCAGUAGUCAGAAAUAUAUUCAGACGUGUAUUGUUGUCGUUAUUAGCUUCUAGCGUUGCACUGAGUGUCUGCCUCCCCUCUUUCAGCUAAUCGUACAACAUGAAAUAAAGUACUGAGGGACGAGGUGACAAUUCACGUGUUAAUGUUUACUCAAGGACUUGUUGAGGAAAAAUGUUUUUUUUUUUUUUUUAAAUAUCUGUAAUGAUUAUCUACCUUGUAGUGGCUUUUAUUGUGGAAUAUUCCAUAAAAAAUGGAUUAUUAUGAGUAUUGCACCAUUUUUUCCAGAUUAUAACAAAAAAAGGUUAAAAAAAAGUUAAAAAUGGACAAAAAAAUAUAUAUGUAAAAAAAUGUGGCCAUAGAUUGGUUUAGAGGGACUUGUAACUCCAUCUAGAGACCUAGUUUGUUACAAGGCUCAGUUCAGAGGUGCCUACCUUUUGCUUUUUUCUGUCUUUUUUUUUUUUUUGCAAGGCCACCAACAGUUUACAAGCAUUUCAUUUUUUUCCGAAGAAGGAAGAGGAAAUUACUGUGGGAAUGUCAGGAAAAAAACAAGUAAAAAAAUGACAAAAAUGUAAAAAAAAAAAAAAAAAAAAAAAAAAAAAGAAGGACAUACUUCCAUCACGAAUAACAAACACUUUACAGAAUGAAGAUUAUUGUGCUACUUGCAGAACUCUGGGAUCGAUCAGUGUUGUCAUUUUUUUUUAAUUCUAUGUUGUCAAAUGUUGAUUUCAUGGACUAUUGAAGCCUGUAUGUUUUUUCCUUUGUGAGAAAAGAUAUAAUUGCUCACUAUCUUGCACACACGUGAAAAAGUGGAUCAUGUCUCAGGAAGGCAAGGGUUCCAGAGUACCAACUCCACGCCAUUUUAAAUGUUCAUUUUUAUGAGGAAAAAAAAAAAAAGGAUUAAGAAAAUUAAGCACUGAAGGUUAUGGAUUUCAGAAGAAAAAAAAAACCUUGUUUCUAAAUCCGUAGCAGUUACAUAUUUACCAAAUAAUGGACUCUAAAUGAACUUUAAAAAAUGGAGUGCUUUAUAUAUAAAUCUAUAUAUUAAAAUUGCUUUACAUUUUAAACAAUGAUCGAUUGUUCGAGACAGUGAAAUAACAUACGAGUGCUGUAUGUUUUAAUCUUUAUUGUAUUUUCUUAACAUGAGGUCCCUUCCUGUUGAAAUCAGGAGCAUCGUGCAUUACGGUUUCUUUCCUUUCUGUCAUUCUCUCUCGUGGCGGGUAUUACUUAAAGGGGAUUUUUAAAAAAUUCUGCAUAAUUCAGACGUUGAGACGUGAGCGGAGUCAUUCAGCGUGAUCUGACGUGAAGCGGUUCACUGAAGAGAAACUUGCUGACUCUGAUUUCUGAUUUGUGUCUAAUAGCCAUAUUAUUUAUUAUAGAGCAUCACCAGUGAACCUACACGUGUCUUCUGAGUUCUUAUAUGUGAUGAUGGUCAAAUUGUGGGGGGGGAAGUCUUCUCUGGGGCCUCACAACACCCCACAUGUACCCCUCCACCAUGAACGGAUGGAACUACAUUUAAGCCCAAAGCCUUUUCAAAACGUCUCAGGCGUUUUUCAUAAGCACUUCGUUUAAUAACUUUCUAUGAGGCGUUAAACUCAGACAUCUGGUUCUGAUCACCACCACUGUGAAAACUUCUGACUCUAAUUUCUACAUAAUGAAGCGGUUCACAUCAAACCACUCUGAACAACUUGGUUUACAUCUCAGCUGUAAUUAUGCAGAACUUCUGGAACUUGGGUGGAAUUCCCCUUUAAGGAAAAAUGUAUAAAAGCAUUUCUUUCUACAUCGAUUUGAAGGAUUGAAAGAUAGCUGGUUUAUAAGGAUCAUGAUCUAUGCACAAGUCGGGUGUAGGGGUAUUAAAGACCCCUGUAGCCCAUCUCUCAUGGGGUUUGUUUGGGGAUUUUUUUUUGUCCUUCCAUUGUUCCAUAACUCCUCCCCCACCUGCCCCGCCCAAACGUAUUCCUACCCGCAUUUCUUAUUAACCUUAUAUUACAGUACUUCGCCAUGCUGUGUAUUCCUAAACCAAUGAGCGUCUCAUUCUAAAGCACUGUGGGUUUUUGUAGCCCGUGACAAGGGUGUCUGUGUUUAUCCCUUUCUUUCUCUUUCUGUUUGUGUGUGUGUGUGUGUGUGUGUUCAUUAGGGUCCGGGUGGGGUAUAGGGACAGGGUUGCUUUUUGCCUUUUGAUUUAAAAUAUUAAGGAAAAAUGUCUGUACUGAGAUUUUAAUAUGUCAGUGGCUUUUAAAUGUUUUUCUCUCUAUUUCUCUUUCCUCAUAGAAUGUGAUUGUUGAUGACAUGCACCGAAAAAUGUUUCAUGAAACUAUGGAGCUUCUUUCAAACUAUUAAUAAAUUGCAUUUUUUCUUGGCUGUAA